AUGGUUGUGUCGUUUCCAUCUGGUGCUAAUUUUGCUUUCUCCGGAAUUUAUGCAAAAUGUACGCGUGUUGGCCGCCGCCCUUUGUGGGAUGCGAUGGAGUCCAUUAGUAUUAAUACUCAAGGGGCAUGGAUAGCUGCGGGUGAUUUUAAUGUUAUUUCAGCAGCUGAGGAACGUGUAGGUGGCUCACCGGCGAAUGUUAGAAAUAUGGAGGAGUUUAAUUCCUCCAUGUUUAAUUGUGGGUUGGCUUCUGUUGAUUUUGAUGGGCAGCCCUUUACUUGGACUAAUGGGGUUGUUUGGCAACGGUUAGAUAGGGCUUUAACGAAUGCUGCAUGGGUAGAGGCAUAUCCUAUUAACCGAGUUUCGCAUUUAGCCCGAGGCAGAUCUGAUCAUUCUCCUCUAUUAAUUAAGUGUUGCUCCACUACUCAAACAUCUUCCGCCUUCCGUUUUUUGAAUGUUUGGUCUGGCCAUGCACAAUAUCCUGGGGUGGUUAAGGAAGCUUGGGAGACUAUGAAUGCUUGGAAGUCAUAA